AGAUGCUGAAUGAUGACUGAUGGUGACGGCAAGCCUUGCUUUUGUCCUUUGAACAUUUACAUUUCAGCCUGAGGAGGAUGUUUUAAGUGUUAAUAUGGAUACAGUGGAAAAGAGAGUCCAUGCAUUUGUGCGAGUCAAGCCAACAGCUGAUUUUGCUCAAGACAUGAUCAAGUUCGGGCGGGACAACAAGAGCAUAGAUAUAUACAUCAAAAAAGAUGUCAAGAAAGGAAUUGUGAACAACAGGCAGACUGACUGGUCCUUUAGGCUGGAUGGUGUUCUUCACAAUGCCUCCCAGGAACUGGCUUACGAGACUGUAGCUGAGAAAUUGGUGUCUGAAGCUUUGAAUGGCUAUAAUGGCACUAUCAUGUGCUAUGGGCAAACAGGGGCUGGUAAAACUUAUACGAUGACAGGAGCGACCGCACGCUACAAGCAUCGAGGAAUCAUACCCCGAGCUAUACAACAGGUCCUCAAGGCAACUGCACAUUGUGUUGAUCGAGUCAUCACUGUCCGAGUAUCCUACCUGGAAAUCUACAAUGAGACCUUGUUUGACCUUCUGUCCACCAUGACAAGCAGUGGGACCGGUGACAUGCAGAUGGCUGUAGUGGACUGCCCACAGGGUGUUUAUGUGAAGGGCUUAUCUAUACAUACAGUUAGCCAUGAGGAAGAUGCUCUAAAUCUCCUGUUUGAGGGUGAGACCAACAGAGUAAUAGCAGAACAUACACUGAAUAAAAAUUCAUCCAGAUCCCACUGCAUUUUUACUAUCUAUAUUGAGUCUCAUUUCAGAGUUUUCUCAGAUGUCAAACGCAUUACUUCAAAAAUCAAUUUAAUAGAUCUGGCAGGCUCAGAGAGACUGAGUAAGACUGGGUCUGAAGGGCAGGUUCUGAAAGAAGCCACAUACAUCAACAAGUCUCUGUCAUUCCUUGAGCAAAUCAUCAUUGCCCUGGGUGAUCCUAAGAGGGACCACAUCCCCUUCCGGCAGAGCAAGCUCACGCACGUUCUCAAGGACUCACUUGGGGGAAACUGCAACACUGUCCUGGUGGCGAAUAUCUGUGGGGAAGCUGUGCAUGUAGAAGAGACUUUGUCUUCUCUUCGUUUUGCUACCAGAAUGAAAUGGAUGACAACAGAGCCAGUCAUCAAUGAGAUGUGUGACCCAGAGUGGAUGGUGAAGGCUUUGGAGAAGGAGAUUAUUUUUCUGAAGCAGGAACUGGCCAUGCAUGACAGCUUGGUAAAUCGUUCUUCGGUGAGUUAUGACCCUCUGACUGAAAUCCAGAUAGCAGAUAUUAAGUCUCAAGUCCAAAAAUACCUAGAAGGAUCCAUUGAUGAAGUCGAUAUAGUGAACGUCAGGCAAGUCCAGGAGGUUUUCAGACAGUUCAAACUGCUUGUAAGUCAACAGGAGCAAGAAGUUGAGGCCAGAUUACGAAGCAAGUAUGCUCUGAUAGACAAAAAUGACUUUGCUGCUGUUGCUGUUGCUCAAAAGGCAGGCCUAGUUGAUGUGGAUGGCAAUGUGGUGGGGGAAAUAGAUGGGCACGAUUUUGGGACUGGAGCUGCUCCUUUUUCAUCCAAACAUGCUGGGAAGAAGACGAAACCCAGGAAAACCAAAGAGCAGAGCAGGAAGGAAGGAAUCGGGACCUCUCUUUCUGGGAAAGAUCUGGAUGCACUUCUUCAAUCAAAAAAUCAGGUAAUAACUUCCACCAAGGAUGUGGAUGUGAAAGAGGGAGCAAGGAACCAGGAUGCAGCAAAUAUUGAUACACAGCACUCAAAGCCAGCCCCUAUGAGGGAUUCCCCACAGCCCAGCUCCCCUCCAUCCAAACCGGUGGCAUUUGAGCAAUUUAAGAAGGAGUGUGGUAGUGAGAUCAACCGGAUCUUUAAAGAGAACAAAAGCAUCCUCCUCGCCAGAAAGAAGAGAAGCAGUGCAGUAGCGCAGAGGAUCAACUUGAUCAAGCGUGAGAUGGAGGGCAUCAAAGAGGCUCUGGGGGCUCAGAGGCAGGAGCGGUGGCAGCAGGGAGAGUAUGUUGAUGAGAAAGGACAGAUCAUAAUUGAUGAGGAGGAGUUUUUACUCAUUAUGAAGCUUAAGGACUUGAAGAAAGAGUACAGGUCUGAUUACGCUGAACUUCAGGACCUGAAGGCAGAAAUCCAGUACUGCCAGCAUCUGGUGGACCAGUGCCGGAACAAACUCGUCUCAGAGUUUGAGAUCUGGUACAACGAGUCCUUCCUUAUCCCCAAGGAUGUGCAGGAUACUCUGAAGCCCGGUGGCAACAUCAGACCUGGAAUGAUUCCCAUAAACAGAGUCAUGUGCCUGGAGGAAGAUGUGCAGGACAGGUUUGAGCGGAUGCAGGAAGCAACGCUGCCAGCCUGUCCAGAUUCAGUCUCGUUCUACAACGCGAAAAUGAAGGCUGAUCAAAAGCACACGUACACUAGAACUAUGUUGUCCCUCGAGCAAAUGCGCAAGAAACCUGGGCUCAUCACAGCUACCAUGAAGAAUAAACCCCCGUCCUUUCCGCACGUCACGUAGCACAGACGCACUGUGGCGUUCAGCGCGAGUGGGAUAAGCAACGUGACCUCAGCAAGUGUCCCACGUGUAUUUUCACAGUAGAUUUUAUCAGAAAUAAACACCAGUAGAAACAAAACCUUGCUUUUGUACAGCUAGACUGAGAGUUAUUAGUAAUCAAAACAGCUGUUUAGAUGGGAAACAAGCUAGUUUAAAUAAAAGCGCUUGUUUCUCUGAGCGUUUCUGGAAGAUGCAGCGCUGCGGCAGACAGAUGUGGUGCAGGCUUGUGCCUUCCAGAGGCUGCAGGCAAAGCCUUCCUCUGAUCUUGGCAGCUGCAAGAAUAUCAAGUCGCAUCUUUGCUAGUUUGAUGCUCUGAGGCUGGAUCUUGAGCAAGCCACAUCUUCCCUCUGGGUGAGAGUCCCUUGCGCCUGUAUCCUUUGGAUCCGAGCGACCCCGGGGAGUAAAAGGGGCUCUAUUGCCCCCACGGUCUGUCCCAGAGAGAGGGGCCCUGAGAAGCACGCUCACCAGAGAGGCAGGAAAGCGUUUCUAUCAGCUGCCUCGCAUUACUUAUCACAGUAUUGAUCUACGGUAGAUUCCCCACUCCAACGCAGCACAGCCCCAGCAAGAGCUAAUAGGUCAGCGUUGGCCCAGUAUUUUCCAGGAAGGUGAUUCAGACCCAGAUUGCGGUGCCCAGCAGCUGGAAAGCACCAGAGCAGAUACUGCUAUUUCACCGGGCUGCUGUAGUCUUCACCCACGGAGCAUGCCGAAAGCCUGCUGGACGCCCGCUUCCUCGCCGCCGUGUCUCCAGGCCUGGUGGAGGUGGGCGCUGGUCCGACUCGUCGCUGCUGCGCUUGGCACGGUCCGCGAGUGGCUGUUGCGUCCUGGCUCCGUGACGCUGCAAGAGCCUGGGGAAGGAAGAAAUUCUCGACCUGCAUUAACCGUGCACACCUAGGCUGGCUGUGCCUCAGUUUGCCCUGAUGUCUGGGGCACUCCCGCAGCCGGAGAAAGGCAACUGAACGACAGAAAUGACUGUAAUACCCACCUGGGCCAGCGGUGACAACCGUACGCACCCCUCAGGCAGCUCUGGCGAGCACAGACGGUCCUUUCUUGAACCUAACCUGCCAUCAGCGUUGCCCCCGCCAUCGCUCUCCUCCACCUGGACCAGACGUGGCUCCAAGGAACAUAUGGGCUUGGGUCUGUAUAAACAUAUGUACGUAUGAGCCUCUGCCCUGGUCCUGCAGGCUUGAUUUAAAGCCGUGAGGGCAUCUCUUCCUUGGGGUUUCUAGUCUCUGUACCAGGAAUAAAGGUCUCUCAGCCACAA